AUGAACUAUCCAUCUAUUCAAGUAGACGGUCUUAAGGUUCUGCGAACGAUAUCUGGUGGUCCAAACGUAGUCGAAUUCAUAGCUGCUUAUCGAGAGCUGGAUCGUGUGUUCGUUGUGAUGAAUUUCUUCCCUCAUGAUGACAUUUUUAAGCGAUGUAAGAGACUCAUUGACGGUUGUGGGGUAUUGACGCCAACGCCUUCUGGCAUCCUUAAACAUCCCAAAUGCGGCUGCUCUUCGUUUUCUGAAGUGUGUGAUUCUUGCAGGGAACUACCAGUAAAGCACGUUAACAAGGCUGGAACCCCAGGUUAUCGUGCUCCGGAGGUAUUGCUGCGGUUCGACGAGCAAACAACAGAAAUUGAUGUCUUUGCUGCUGGUAUUACAAUGCUCUCAUUUCUGAUGAAGAAACAUCCUAUAUUCCGACCUUCCAACGACAUCGAAGCCCUGGCACAAAUGGCAACGUUUCUUGGGAGUUCGUCGUUAGUUCAGGCUGCUGCAGAAGGAGGUGUAACACUUCUCUGCGAUCCAUCACUUCCAGGCAUGGAUAUGGUCAAGCUUGUCAACAACUUCAGCAGGGAUAUUCGUGAGGCACAAGGUUCGACGAAAGGAUGUCGAUCAUGUAUGGUUCUCGUUUAUCAGAAUAAUUCUGGAUUCUGCUUCUGUAAGCACUCUGAAGAAGAGUCAGUCAGUCGGCUAAGAGGCUUAGAACGAGUGGCAUUUGAGGUGCUCAGGCAUAGUUUGAAUCCUAGCCCAUCACGCAGGUACUCAGCCGUUAUGCUUGCGGAUUUGAUAGGUUCUCCGGUUAAGAUGAAAGAUGAAUACCUAGAGUAA